AUGUUACAAGAGCUGAGAGGCCCGUGCUCCCCGGCACCCUCCUUCCCGGCAUCUCCGAAACAAGGCAGGAUGACUAAGGCCCCUUUCUCCGUGGAAUGGUUGUCCCAGAGCAGCCAAGCUCUCAAGAGUCCCACCAGGGGCUCUCCACACCGAGCAUCGUCCGCGGGCCACCGGCCCGGCUCCGCCUCCAGCCUCGGCCGGAGCGAGCAGAGCCAGGAUCAGCCGGCGGGUCCGCGGGACGGGAGCGGCGGCAGGAGCAGGGAGCGCGUGGAGGCCACUCCCGCCGCAGCAGGCGAGAAGCCAUCGGGAGCGGGGCAGCCCGUGUCGGAAGAGGGUCCCGAGUGUCCGGGCCCCGAGGAGCCCUGCGGGCGCGGCGGGCGGCGGCUGCGCACGGCGUUCAGCGCGGAGCAGAUCAGCACCCUGGAGAGCUCCUUCCAGCGGCAGCAGUACCUGGGCGCCGCCGAGCGCCGGCAGCUGGCGGGCAGGAUGCGCCUCUCCGAGGUGCAGAUCAAGACGUGGUUUCAGAACCGGCGGAUGAAGCUCAAGCGGCAGCUGCAGGAGUUGAGGACGGAGCCCUUCUGCAGCCCCGCUCUCCCUUACGGACCCCAGGGCGCUGUGGUGCCCUUGCCGCUCACGUACGUGGCCCGGCCACCGCCUCUGGCCCGGCAAGGGGCCGCCUCUGAGGGCUGCCCUUUGACGGCCCUGCCGGCACCCGCCCUGGACCUCAGCAGCGCCUGCAGAGCACAGCCGGUUGCGUUUUGGGCAGCACCCUGCUUUGUUGGGUACCGGGACCCCAGAGCUUUCUUGCUGGGUGUCUGACCCUCUGAUACGAACUGUGACUAAAGAGGAUUUGCACUACUGAUAGAUAUCUGGGCUGCCCUCGUCUGUAACUGCCUGGUGGAGUUAAGAUGCAGCAGCGAUCUAAACAUUUACAAAGACAUGCUGGACAAUCUGAAUCAUGGACUUCAGGCUCUUGCAUUUAUAGGCAACUGUAAAAUAUAAAUGGGGUGGGACAAAC